AUGUCGGGUCAGCGAGACAGCUCCCCAGGGCCCCACUCCCGCUUGGAGCCCCUCUGGCUCCAUGUGCCCCUGAGCUGGCACACGAGCGUCUUGGAGCUUGCCGGCUGCCGUGAGCUGCCCUGGCCUUCUGCAGUCAGCUGCAAGCCAGACUCACCCCUGGAGACCAAGGAAGGUGAGUGUCCCCCGCCUGGGCCACGGCACUGGGGCUUCAGACUUGGAGCCGGCCGGGGCCUGGACGUUGAGGAGGGUGGCUCCCGCCUGCGCGGCUGGGCUAUCGGUGGACUGCCCGAGAUGGCUUUGCAGGGACAGCCCGCCGGCCGUCUAGGCUGGGAGCCCUGCCCCCACCGGUCGUCCCUGAAUCUUUUGCCCAGUGUCCACCCCCUGCACCGAAUUCGCUCUGUUCAGGCUGGCCCCGAGUGUGGUCAGCCCAGCUGGAACAUGCCCCUUCUAUGGCUCAAGGACUCCUUCCUUGAUCUGACUGCUGGGCGGCUGACAGCCCCAGGCCCAGCCAGUGCGGGUGGGGCAGGAAUGAGAAAACCCAAGAUCACUGCCUCCCGCAAACUCCUGCUGAAGAGCCUGAUGCUGGCCAAAGCCAAGGAGUGCUGGGAGCAGGAGCACGAGGAGCGCGAGGCUGAGAAGAAGCGCUACCUGGCGGAGCGCAUCCCAGCGCUGCAGACCCGCGGGUUGUCGCUCAGCGCCCUGCAGGACCUGUGCCGUGACCUGCACGCCAAAGUGGAGGUGGUGGACGAGGAGCGAUAUGACAUUGAGGCCAAGUGCCUGCACAACACCAGGGAGAUCAAGGACCUGAAGCUCAAGGUGCUGGACUUGCGUGGGAAGUUCAAGCGCCCCCCGCUGCGGCGUGUGCGAGUCUCCGCGGACGCCAUGCUGCGCGCCCUGCUGGGCUCCAAGCACAAGGUGUCUAUGGACCUGCGCGCCAACCUCAAGUCCGUGAAGAAGGAGGACACAGAGAAGGAGCGUCCCGUGGAGGUGGGCGACUGGAGGAAGAACGUGGAGGCCAUGUCUGGCAUGGAGGGCCGCAAGAAGAUGUUCGAUGCGGCCAAGUCCCCGACCACCCAGUAGAGGCGCCUGGCCCCGCUGUGCUCCGGGCUCCUCGCCCGCCCCGCCCUGCAGCCCUGCUCGCCGCCUUCCCGCCCCGCGCCGCGGAGCACUCACCUGGUCCACGUCUGCCUGCCUGCCUGAACACCUCUGGCAGGGCUGGGGUGAAGACCUCGCCUGGUGGGUGGGCGCCUGGGGGUCCCUUCCCGUGCCUGUCGCCCGCGGGCGUCACGCCCUCCCCAUUAAAGCCAAUAUCCCGAUCCCCCGCGGCU